UUCAGGAACAACAAGGCGCCAACUCUUUCAACCACCUCGGUAGCCUGCUAGACAACAUAAAACUGAAAGAUUGAUUCUUUAGACCAUGUUAAUGUACAUGAGCUAAUCUCAGUGUUUUAAACACAGUUCGGUUGACGUAUCUACUGGUGAACUUUAACCUAAUGUGCUUGUUCAAUUUUGCAAACUUUAAAGAUUGAUACUGAGGUUAGCACUAGGCUAGUCGCUAAUGCUAACUAACUAGCUAACAUCCCCAACCAUGAGAUCACUAAACUUCUCCUCCCUUGCUAAAGAAGAGGAGGUCUACUGGACGGAGAAAGAAGCUCUGGGGCUGAACAUUGUCGUGAAAGAAGUAGAAGAGGAUAUUACAGUGAAAGGAGAGGAAGAAGCUUUCAGAAUUAAAAAGGAGGAAGAUGAGGAUGGUAUUACAGUGAAAGAUGAGAAAGAACCUAUUGUAGUGAAAGAGGAAGAGGGGAUAGAGGCUGUCACAGUGGUAGAGGAGGAGGAAGAAGCUUUCAGAAUGGAAGAGGAGGCUAUAUAAAGAACCUUUAGGAGUGGGAGAGGGGAUAGAGGCUGCCAGAGUGAAAGAGGAGGUAGAAGCUUUCAGAAUGAAAAAUGAGGAAGAGGAGGCUGUUAAAGUGAAAGAAGAAGAGGAUGUUGCUGUGAAAAAAUAUAAAGAACCUUUAGGAGUGGGAGAGGGGAUAGAGGCUGCCAGAGUGGAAGAGGAGGUAGAAGCUUUCAGAAUGAAAGAGGAGGAUGUUAUAGGGGAAAGAGAGGAAGAAGAUGCUAUCUCAAUAAAGGUGAAGGAGGAAGUCGUUUUGGGAGUGAAAGAGGAGGAGACAGAAGAUCCGAUUAACACCAGAGAGAGACAUGACUAUGGUGGAUCCUCUGCGGAGCCUCAACAACAUCCUGAUGCUGACGAGGAAGAGAAGAGUCUCUCCAGAUCAGAACACCAGAUGGACAACGCUAGCCCUUCCUCCCUCCCGGAGUCCCCGUGCCGUGCCUCUCCCGGUAGUACCUUACUGCUGGGUAUGAAGAGGUUGUCUGUGCUGUUGGUGGACUGCAGGAAAACAACGGGGCUGAGUGGAACUGUGAGAGGAGGAGAAGAGAAGAAAGGAUCAGAUUUGACACAUCAAAGUAAGUGCUGUAGUUUAGUUUGAACAA